CCGCCUCUCCGCGCCCCUCCCUGCGCGGGCCGGGCCGGGCCGGGCGGGGCCGGCGGCACCGGGGGCGCGGAGCGGCCCUGCCCGAGGAGGCGGCGGUGAGUGGCGAGCCUGCUGUUCACGUCGCGUUCUGUCAGAUGUACUUUGGCACACAAUGAAACGUAGGCAACCUCAGCCUUUAACUUUGAGCUGGAGGAGGUCGAGCUGUUUAUCUUCGGUUAAAGAAAGCAAAACUGCAUGGGAACUUUGUGCUGUAGCAGCAGAGCGUUAGUGUCCAGGCCAGACAACAAAUUAAGAUUCAAGCACCCUUUAAGGACCAAUGAACCCAAUAGCUCAUGGAAGAAAAAAAUCCGACCAGGACAUCCUUGGUUUCCAGGCUACCGAAAUAUGGAACGAAAACUUUAGGGAGUGUCUUGCAACCUGUGCCCAACGGGACAGCCGUCAACUUAGCAGGGAGUAAUGGGGGCAGAAAUUUCAGCAAGCACAAUGGCACUGUCCGCAUGUCUUCCUUCUCUUUCAACUGGAAAAAAUCUAACAGAUAUCAGCUUAACGAUCAAAACGGGAGAGAGUCCAACUCUAAACGCAACUGCAGUGAAAAAUUAAUCGAUUCUGAGAAGUAUCCUCAAUCUCAAGGAGCAUUGGGCAACGAUGAGCUCAGGGUGGGUUUGAACAGUCCUGCUUCGGUUGCAUCAAAAGCAGCAAAGCCAACCAAUAUGUUUGUAUCUUCUACCGAGGAAUUAAACCCAAAGUCUUUACCCGGACUCUCUAGUUCAGCUAAAUUCACCAAAGGUACCCUGUCAGGAAGGACCUCAUAUUCUGGACUCAAUGCUCCAAGAUCAAAUUUAAAUGGAUUUUAUGGAAAUAGGCCGGUGGUAGGUUUGCAGAGACCUAGAGCAAAUUCCAGUGCCACAAGGACAAGUUCAGGAGAAAGCCUAGCACAAUCUACAGACAAUAGCAAGGCUUUUUCCUGUGAAAAAAUGGUAAGAUCACAAAGUUUCUCACAUUCCAUUCAGAAUUCUUUCCUUCCCACUGCAUCUCUAACCAGGUCACAUUCCUUUAAUAAAGCUGUGGAUCUUACAAGGCCUUAUCAUAGUCAAAAUGUGGCUGCCAGGACGUCUCAGAGGUCUACUUUGCUGUCAAGAAACGCGUGUCAGUUGGAUGUACCCAAUGGAAAUGAACCGGUGAAGUAUGGGUUUACCAGACCGUACUCCGGUGUGUCAGCUCCUUGUUCCAAGAAACCCCCACUGUCAAAUGGAUCUGGGUCAGCACCUUCCUUUGGAUACAGAUUAAGUCGUCCUUCUCUGCUCAAGCCUACCAGGCAGCGGUUUGCUGGGAAUACUGCUGUGGAUGGCAGCAAAAGUACCUCUCCUGACACACACACCGUGGAGAACUCUGAAAUUUCAACAAAUAUUAACAGGGCAGUUGAGAAAAACAGUAUUAUAGAGUGCAGUGCUCAGAGAACAGGAUCUGAUGAGGGCCUGCAUGAAAGUCUGGGGAAACAUGGGUCCAAAGUCAUGUGUAUGAGCGAUGAUGGAGAUGAAAUAUCUAUAUCUUCUUUGUCGUCCUCUGAAAAGAAUGAUUUGAGUGAAGAUUUCAGUGAUGACUUCAUAGAUAUAGAAGAUGCAAACAGAACUAUACAAAUACAGCAGAAGGAGAGCUGCCUUCAGGAAUUAGAGCACGGGAGUAUCACGUCCAUUGAGCCGUUCACGUCUCUCAAGGAAAGUGGAGGAUCUCGCUGUAAUGGUGAUGACUGGCUUGAUAUAAAUGUGUCUGCAGUGGAUGACAACAGCGAAAGCACAAAACAUACAACCGAGAAUGUCAUUUCUUCAGAGAUGAACUAUAGAGCCGGGUCCUCUUUUGAGCUUUCUCCAUCUGACAGCUCUGAUGGCACAUACAUGUGGGAUGAAGAAGGGUUGGAACCUAUAGGAAGCGUCCAUCCGUGUGGAAGUUACGACUCUUCGGAAAUGAACAGCAUAGAUAUCUUGAAUAAUCUUGAUUCAUGUGAUCUUGAAGAUGAUGAUCUUAUGCUUGAUGUGGACCUGCCUGAGGACCCACCUCGUGACAAAGAGGAAUGUGAAAAUAUGAGCCGUUAUGAUAGGCAAGACAGAAAUGCUAGACAGCAUCAGGAAGGAUUCUGGAAAAGAGCACCACAACAGCGAUGGAAUGCACAGGAUCAUUAUCAUCUUGGCCAUACUGAUCAUUACAUCCAUGGUAAAAAUGAUUUGAACAGGGGAUCGAACUACCGGGAAUCUCCUGUUGGUCACUUGGAAAGCUACGGAGCACCCAACCUGUACCAGGCUCCCCGACAGCUGGUGGGUUUGCCGGAGAGUACUGUGAUGCUGGAUGAAAUGACCCUGCGGCACAUGGUCCAGGACUGCACAGCUGUCAAAACUCAGCUGCUGAAGCUGAAGAGGUUACUGCACCAGAGUGAUGAAAAUGUGUCGCUCCAGGACAUCAACCUCUCAGUUCCAUCGAGUCCGGAACCACAAGAGCCUGAGUCAACAUUUAAGAUGGAUGAUCUGCUGAAUGAGAUCAGGCAGCUCAAAGAUGAACUGAAGAAAAAGGAUGAAACAAUCAACCAAUUAGAGCAUCAGCUUGCCACUAGAUGUAACUGCCAGAAGGAGAGUCAAAAACCUGCAGGGGCAUCGCGCGCAUACGCUGAUAAAUUCACACAAACCUCGUGGAGAAGGAGUUCUCCUCAAGUACUACAGCCUUCCAGCAGCCUUCCCAGUUCCACAGACCUCGCCCAGGGAAAACUAGUAAAAAUGCCACAUAUCGAGGCCCACAGUGAAUAUCCUAAACAUGAUCUGCAUGAAAGUAGCAAUCAUCAGAAUCCAAAUGCUGCAAAUGUCUCUCUCCCAAAUAGCCUGAAUGAUGUAAACUCUUUAACAAACCUACAGUUAAACAUGAAAGAAAAUGAAAACUAUGAAAAUGCAUCAUAUUUGGACAAUUUGAAAAAUAAAAACACUGAAAACCCUAGAGAGGUGGUGAGUGAUAAAGGUACAUUGCCAUCACGUUCCUGUUUUCAGGCCUCUACACGAGCUGAUGCCAGAGAGGUGCAGACUGAAUUACCUGUGAAAGGCCAGCCCUCGUUCACAAACCAGGCUUCUCGGCCAAAGACUUUAAGAAUCGCAAAGCCUCCAAAUGCUUUAGUGCCUCCUACAAUGGCCGUUCUCAUACGAUCUGCAAAUCAUUCCGCUGCUUCCAAGGAACGUGAGCUUCUACCACUAAGUAAUUCAACUCAGCUACAGCCAACAUCUGGUCAGGAUAACCUGAAGGGUAAACAGAGUCAGAAAGUGUCUAAACUUCGCCCGCCAACUAUGUCCUUUGUUAGAGCUAAGCAAGUGAGCAGUCAGAAAUCCACACCAGUGUCUGCAGAGCCUCAGAACACCUCUUUGAAGUCUAACAUCCCAAAACCACUGGUACAGAGAAAGGAAAACGUGCAAACACACCACACCAGUUUGCAUUCUGGGGACAGCGUGCCCUCCAGUCGGCAUUCCCGCCUCCCUAAACCAAAGACGCACUGAGGACGUACCUACAUCUCACCGAACGAUGCCAUACAGCCAACCACUCCCCGUGUCGUGACUGCCUUUGGAGCCUGCUGGACCUACAGCCUGCAAAUCCAGAGUCCACGUUCAAAACAGCAUCUUCUUUUUCAGGGUUUGCACACUCCGCCCUGCUACGUUCUGCGGCUGAUGUUGUGAGCUGUGCAGUUGCUCUUGAGAGUGUUCUAUCUGGUCUGUAAUAAAGAUUGUAUUGCGACCUUAGUAAUUAAGCAAAUACUGAAGUCUGUGGUGACCACAAAUGCCAGAAUGCUGCACUACCUAUUUCAGGAUGGCAGAAGUUAUUUCUUACCUCUGUUUCUUUGAGUUACUAGACAAUGAAAUUGCUGUUCUGUUUAACUUCUUGGUUCUGAGUAAUCGUUAGGUCAGAGUGGUGGAAAGUUAGACUUACUAGCAGAUGUUUUAUUGGCCAUAAUUCUGACUCUGUAUUCCAGAGGCCUAUGCAAAAAUCCUUGUAUUUAUCAUUAUCUCAAGACUGACAUAUUUAAUGUUAUUUAAUCUGAUGGGUUGGGUGGGUUGUGUUGUUUUUGUUUUGCUGUAAUCCGAAGUUGCUCUGUUCUUUAUUUAUCCCAUUUUCACUGUUCACUGACAUUAAGCAGAUUUCACAGGGUGAAACGAGUCUUCUCGCUUGAACAUCAUCAUUUGUUAAAGGAUUGUGGUAUGUUUUUAUUGUGUUGAAUAGACACAUUACCGGGUAGAUUCUUGGAACGCAGUGCAAAGGAUACUUGUGCAAAACCUUCCAGUGCAGGCUCUUACGAAUUGAUAAGUGGGGAGCCUCUGGGAAUAUGGGGUCCAUAACACCUAUGUUGAGGUUGCACAACAUGCAUUUUAAUUAAUAUUUUAAACUUUUAUUGUAUUACUUGUAUUUAUUGAGUUCUGUUUAAUAUCGAAAGGCUCUGAAGUACCUGACUUGAAAUUUUGCACAAACUCUGCCAUAUGUGUAAGAAUUUGAAACUAUUUUACAGAAUAAAGCUUGUAUUAAAAAUUCAACUAUUUUUAGGAAAAGAAAAAAAAAUUAAUUAACCCCACUUACUUGCUUUGAGCAAUCCUAUUAUGUCCUAAUCCAGAGCUGGUACUCUUAAGAGUUUUUCAGAGAUGUGUAUUUUGGUUUUGGGUUUUUGUAAUUUUUUUUUUUUUUUUUUUUUUUUCUGAAGAAGUGCAUAAUAACUGGGAAGGAGCUUUUUGGGGAAAUAAAGCAGAAAAAAAUAAAUCAACGUUUUUGUGCUCUUUAGGAGAAUUAUUCUUUCUGAAAGUAGUCUGGAAGUAUAUGCCAAUCAUGGUGCAUUAUGGGACCAUGACACGUCAUGCGAGUUAAAUGUUUGCAUAUCCAGUGAAGCUUUCCAGAAAUUUGAUGUUAUGUCCCAUCUCCAGUGUUCCCUUUUUCCCAUUACUCUCUGUGAUGUUACUGGUUGGGUGUUUGGGGUUUUUUUCUGUCCUUGAAUUGGUUUUAAAAUCAUCAGCAGAAGGCUGUUGCAACCACUUGGCUCAAAAUCUGUUCCUGAAGAGCACAUAAUGUCAGCAAAAUGCAACUUAGUGUUAGUUUGUUCUAGGCUUUGACAUAUUACAGUAUUUUCUUUGAGAAAAUUAAAGUGAAUAGGUGUAGGCAUUUCUUAAAUAAAUUCAGUGAUCGGCUUCUAUAAUAUAAGCCCUUUAACUAGGGGUAUCCUGAUGGAAACCUCAGUUGGGUGAAGGAAAAAAACACUCAUCUGAGUUUUCAGUGCAUAGUUAAUAUUCAAGAAAGUUUUUGUAUUUGUCACACUAAUAUUUUUUUUAACUGACAGCGAAGUGGAAAAAUUAAAAGGUUGGGGAGGAAAUGGGUAGGGAGGAGGUUCCAUUUCAGGAUCAAUCUGAAAUAAGGGACCUGCAGGACCUUCUGGGAACUAAGGCCGAGACAAUGUAACCAAGACAUAACGAGGGUAACGUUAAUUGUUACAGUUGUUAUAGGAUCAAAAUAACUACAGCUUGAGAUUGCAGUAGGAAUUAUUCUCCUGAAAUAAUUUAUUUCCUUGAAAAGCAUUGAACUGGAUGUCCUUUAGUGUAAGUGUUUACUUCCAAUAAGAAAAUAAAACUGACUUAUAUUCCCCAAAACUAGCUCCUGGCAGCUAACUGUGUUUCUCAGGAGUUUAAAGACUGCUGAGGGAAUGAUCAGAUUCCUGGUUUGUUUUCUGGUCCGUGUAGAUUUCUAUGGAAGGUGUUUUUUUAAGUUUACUUUUCUUGAAGAGAACCUGAUUUUACUAUUACAUGUAUAUGAUUUUGUGUAAAAAAAUAUAAUUUUCAUUUAAUGGUAUUGACAGAUUUCAUCCUGAAUCCUUUUGCAUCUUGUUCUCGAGGUAUUGCCAGCCUGAUCUAGUGAUGUUAAAAUUUUUAUGUUUACAUUAAAAAUAUAGAUAUCUUAUCUAUCUGCACCUUUACUGAAAAUUAAGGAGAGAGAUGAUCAAAGUAAAUUAAGCAAAGAAAAUUGAGAUGAUCAAGAUUUUCAUAAAAACAAGAGUCCCUAAUUUUUCUUUCCAGAAGAAAAAGGUUUUAUUUAUAUAAGGGUGGGGGUGUCUGUGUUAAAGGAACAUAAGUAGAUUAUAGUUUUUUUGGUUUUUUGGGGUUUUUUAAUAGCAUUUCCCCAUUUUGUUCUGACAGAUUAGUGAGAUGUUGAGCUGGAGACAGCAGGAUUUGCUCAUGGAUGAGACAGAUGCUAGCCUGAAUUGUAUUUGUGUUCAGCUGCUAACCUCGCAUCCCUCUAAAGACAACUGCCUGUUUUGGCUCUUCAGACUUGACCAGGGAAGGUUCUGUUGCAUGUAUAGUAAGUCCAGAGUACGAGCAAAGCCUGUCAGGAGAUGGGCAGCUGGAAGAGUAGUGGUGAAGUUUGGAGCUUCACUUGGGUGAAGGAAGGGGUUUGGGGGGCGAUGGGUAAGAGGGUGCUGAGUAGAGCUUGUCAAACGGGAUUAAGUAUUUUCAGGGAACGUAUCUACCUUAUGGAAGGUGCAGAUAUAUCAUCAGUACUGGUGCAGUUAUCCAAAAGGCAUAAAUUUAAGCGUUUGAUAUCUUCAGGUUUGGUUUUUUUUGUUUUUUUUUUUUAGUUUUAUGAAACUGAUAUAUUGCCAUUUUUUUGUUUUAUUUUUUAUUUCUCAUUCUUUUGUGCAAUAUUCACAAAAGUAUUAAACUACUGUUCAGUAUAUGUGUACAGAGGCAAUUACGCGUUUUAACAAGUGAAUAAACACAAAAGAAAAGAACAGAAUUGCACUUUAAAUGAGCUUUACUGCUUGGAGUUGUGCCUAAAAUAAUCUAGAUGCCUCCUGCUGUGUGUGGCUUUUGUUUGAAACCAAUUUCCCCGGUAGUGUUGCUGUUUCCAAGGUAUUUUCACAUCACUUUCACAGAAUCGAUAUGCACUCUAGCAUGUUAAAAAAAUAUUCAUGUAGUGUACCGAGUUUUUGUUGUGCAAUGACUUUAAUUUAACCGUGGAAUUUUAACACUGAAGAUGCAGCCAGAUUAUUACUACCUUCCCCUUCCCUGAAGCCAGCACUUCCUACUGCCAAUCAAAGUCCAUGGCUAAACUUCCCUAGGACUAGCAUAGCUCUGAAAGAAUAAUGGCCCCAGCACAUGUUUUUGUUUGAGAAAAGAAGUGCAAUAUUAUCUCUCAGACUUUCUCCAAAUUAUCACGAAGGCCCCGAAAAUCCAAAAUGACACCGAAUUUUGAUGCAGUUCAAAAAAAAAAAAAUACUGGGUUCCUCAACUGUACAUCUUGCAGCAGUGAGACUGGACGUAGCAAGUAGACUGCAUCACUGAUCAAUAAACUUCAUUUCGUCCUUGAUCUAAAUGCCAAUUUGUUGUAAUGAUGCUGGAAAGCUGAAUACCAUUUGCGUGAUUUCCUUUGUCUGCAUGUCACAACCAUAUGCACAUUCUAAAGUGUCAUACUUGGGUAGGUUGCAUGUUGGGGGGGGGAAGUGUUUCUGGUUUUGCACAGCACAUAAUCCUCUUAACGUGGAUGUUUUCUUGCUGUACAAAUGGAAAUCAGUCCUUGAAUUUGGCUUCCAUAGCUAUUCCUUAUCUCAUUACAGAGGCUUUUUCUGAGCAGAGUGGAUUUAAUACAUGAUCCUGGUGGUAGGUCUCAGUAUAGUCAUCUUACAACUAUGCUAUCAAGGAAAAUCAGUCACUGUUGUGGUAAAGCUGCUCACUGCCUACUUAACUGUAAAAGCACCACCAUAAAACGAAUAUAAUUCCGGUGUAACCAAAUCUUAAAUUCAGUAAUAGCUAAAACAAGAGGUACUCUUACUAUCUGCUUUGUUUUUGGUUUUUUAACCCAGGCCAGAGUAAAUACUGUAUAUUGGAAUUUGCUUGUAAAGUUGAUUCAAAAACCUGUAUGUAAAAAUUCUUUCCUCAAUGUUGCUCUAGUGAAUAAAAAUAAAAGUCAUAAUUCUAAUAAGUA